AUGCAGCGUGGCAGGGCGUCGGUGAACGGGGUGGUGAGUCAGCCGCAUCUCGAAUUUUCCUCGUGGUCGUAUCGCCAUUGCCAUCGAGGGGGUGUCGGCGGGAGACGCGCGGACCGUGCCGUCGGCCGGCCGGUGUUCGGUGCAGCGCGCUCAGCCGCCUGGCAACAGGUAUCUGGCGCUAUCAGCAAGCACACUGCCUACUCUAACUUCACCAUACCGGCGACUCGCGCAGCGUGCGAGCUGCAAGCUAACGGAAUUGGAUUCCUCGCGGCCAAAAUUCCGCUGCGAACGUUCACGCUGCGACCGACUGAAAUAAAUCGCUCGUUUAACGCAAAUAGCACGACAUUGUCGCCGCAUUGA